ACAACACCGCUCGUUAAUCCGAUUCGACCCCAAAAACCGGUCCCUCGAAAACCCGUAAAGUAUCAGUUCGAGGGGAUUUGGUAGUUGAUUUUGUGGCGGCCUCUUUCAAAGUGCGUGUCAAGUAUGCAGCAAACAACACCCUACAACGCCAGCAGGCGAGGAUCGCAAACACCUGCGACACUGAAUCACUUGGCAACGCUCCUUGGCCUGCUACUCCUUUCGCGCUGUGGCGCACACGCAUCGCAGGAAACGCCCGAACAUGAGCCCCCACCCAACAUAGUGUUCAUUCUGGCGGACGAUUUGGGAUGGAACGAUGUCGGAUUUCACGGAUCGGCCCAAAUCCCGACGCACAAUCUGGACGCACUGGCAUACUCCGGUAUCAUCCUGAACCGCUACUACGUGAAUCCGAUCUGUACACCGUCCCGAUCGGCGCUAAUGAUCGGAAAGUAUCCGAUCCAUACCGGCAUGCAACACUCGGUACUGUACGCGAUGGAACCAAGAGGACUGCCGCUCACGGAGAAGCUACUACCACAGUAUCUACGGGAACUGGGCUACUCCAACCACAUGGUCGGUAAGUGGCACCUCGGCCAUUACCAACGACGCUACACACCGCUCCAGCGCGGCUUCGACAGUCACACCGGAUUCUGGACGGGCCAUCAGCACGCCAACGAUCAUACGGCGGUCGAGCAUGGCCACUGGGGACUCGAUAUGCGCCGCGGGUACGAUGUGGCGUACGAUCUGCACGGCCGGUGCACAACGCACGUGCUGGGAGAGGAAGGCGUUCGGAUAAUCGAACAGCACAACACAAGCAAACCGCUCUUCCUGUACGUUGCUCAUGGGGCCGUCCAUUCGGCAAAUCCGUACGAUUUUCUCCCUGCACCCGAUGAGACAGUUGGCGAGUUGGCCGAUAUCGCGAACUACAAACGGCGCAAGUUUGCCGCCAUGAUGGUUGAGCUGGAUCGAACCGUAGGCUCCCUGGUGCAAGCACUGUACACACGGCAAAUGCUAAAGAACACGAUCAUUGUGUUUAGCACCGAUAACGGUGGGCCUGCCGAGGGUUUCAACUACAACGCGGCCUCCAAUUGGCCACUCCGGGGUGUUAAAAAUACUCUCUGGGAGGGUGGCCUGCGUGGGGCGGCCUUCAUUUGGAGUCCUCUGUUGAAGAAGCGCCACCUCGUAUCACAGCAAACGAUGCAGGUGUGCGAUUGGCUGCCGACGCUCUACGAAGCCGCAGGAGGCAAUCUAAAUUCCCUACCACAAAACCUGGAUGGUAUAAGCAUGUGGAAGGAGUUGAACAACGGUGAGCCCACAGCACGCAUCGAGAUUCUUCACAACAUCGACGACAUCUGGCAGAGUGCCGCCCUUACCGUCGGUAGUUGGAAGAUCGUCAAGGGUACGCACUACAAUGGCACCUGGGACGGGUGGUACGGACCGUCCGGGACGCGGAAGGAAUCGUCCUAUCCCUUAGACGCCAUUCUGAACAGCACCGCCGGUCGUGUGCUGAGCAAAUUGAAGGAACUUCCAACGAAAGAAACGAUUCUACAACUCCGGCGUGCCGCCACGGUGUCCUGUGGUACCGGUGCCCACAUGGCGAACCGAUGCGCUCCCCAGACCGGUACCGUAUGCCUGUUCGACCUGGAAGUGGAUCCGUGCGAGUACAACAAUCUAGCGGACACUCAUCCACACAUCGUGCAAAGUUUGCUUGCCCGGCUAGCCGAUUACAACAGUACGGCGGUACCACCGGCGAAUAUGGAGGACGAUCCUCGUGGAGAACCCCGCUACUGGAACUACACCUGGCACAACUUUGGUGACGAACCGGUACCGGAGGUGUUGACGGUGAAGGAUUUGUGAGACAGAGAGAGACGCGUUAAGACGUUUCGUGCAUUAAGAUGACACCAUCCUGUGCGUGUGGUGAAAAAU